UUGAUUUUUUUGAUUUAUGGACAAGGGUCGGGGGUUGACCCUCGAGAAUCCUGAUCAGCGCGCUAGGUUCUUCACGAACAAGCCGGUUUUUGGGUUUAAUCUGAGCCCACGCUUGAAUCCGAUUUACGCCAGCAGUAGUAGUGCUGCUGGCAUGCCGCCCAAUGAAGUUGACUUCUUCUCCGACAAGAAGGCUGAUAUCGUCAUCAAGAAGGAGAUAACCUUGCACGGCGAACCCGUCACCAAAGCUGAUUUGAAUGGAAAUACUGGUUUGCAACUGGCAAUUGCCAACGCCGGGAGCAAUAAAUCCAUGGUGGAUGACAUUGUUUCAUCGGAUAUGGAGGAGCGACGAGCCAAUAAUGAUCUGUCAGUGUUGCAAGUGGAGCUCGAAAAGAUGAACGCUGAGAAUCAGAGAUUGCAAGGAACGACAGUUCCUGGACCGUUGCAGUCUCAUACUUCAUCGGAGGAAAGAACACUGUCUGCGGGUUCUCCCAGGAACUACACAGAAUUGUCGAGGCAUAAAGGGAUUGCCAGGGAAGACAAUCCAGAUUCAGAAAGGUGGGCUCCUAAUAAACUCCCAAAGUUGAAUUCUUCCAAGUCUGUUGAUCAAGCUAUCGAGGUUACCGUGAGGAAAGGGAAAAGAAAUGUCGUCAACAGCUUAAGGGAGAAGAGAAACAAAAGAGAAUGA